GUGACCUUGAGAAGAAGAAAAAAACUCAAUUUUGGAGGGGGAGAAAUGGGGAGUAGAUUGGGAGGACGAGUGGUUCAUUUCGCGAAUCUUCCGAUAAAGCUGCUGAUGCCUGCGAAGCUGACGAACAUUCACGAAUUCGCGUUGAGAACGAUCCCUUCGGCGUCGAAGAUCGAGAUCAAGCGAGUCCUGGAAUCACUCUACGGAUUCGAUGUGGAGAAGGUGAAUACACUGAACAUGGACGGGAAGAAGAAGAAGCGUGGAGGCCUGUUGAUAGCCAAAGCUGAUUACAAGAAGGCUUACGUCACUCUGCGUAGCCCUCUGUCGAUUUCUAGGGAUCUGUUUCCGGUGAAGUAUAUCGAGGAAGAUAGGAAGAGUAAAGUGAAAGGAUCUAGCUUUGUUGAGGAGGAAGAUGAUAAGAAGAGCCAUUGGCUUGAUCGGAAGGAGAAGAGGGAGAUCGGCGGUUAUGGUAAAGGAAAAGGUCGUCGUGGCGGUGGAAGGGCUGAUUCUCCGACGAGGGCUGGUGCGGCGGCGGCGGGGACGGCGAAGUUUCCAUGGAGCAACAUGAGAUUUGUUGGUAAGUAGGGUUUUUCAGAAAAAAAGAACAGUUUUAAAUCCCAGUCAGGGUUUAUGAAUUGGGUUGUGUUUCUUUAGCAAUCGGAUUUUGUUUCUGUUGGUUGAGGUUUAUGAAUCUGAAUCCUACAAAUGUUUCUGAGAUUUGGCUAAUAAUAACAUCUGAAUAGAGUUAUCAGCUUCAUUUGCUAGAAUCUGUGUCUAGCUGAUAUUGUUAUGGAACACAUUGGCCAUGUUAUGAUA